AUGGGCAAAGCUGAAACACCAGAGUGGGAUUCCGUAGAUACGGAGGCUGCCGCCAGCGACACCGGUCUUCAAGACCAGCACAAAGAGGAUUCGCAUGGCGACGUGGACAACGACCCAUUCGGAAACGAGGAAAAUGCAGAAGUCAAGUAUCGCACUAUGAAAUGGCACUGCGGAAUGCUGAUGAUUGCUGUCAACAUAUCGCUGGGGAUCCUUUCGCUUCCCUCCGCUGUUGCAACUCUGGGCAUAGCACCCACCGCAAUUCUGAUUGUGUUUCUCUCUGGGCUAUCCUGGUACACUGGAUACGUGAUAGGUCAAUUCAAGCUACGCCAUCCACAUGUUCAUAGCAUGGGAGAUGCUGGUGAAAUCCUAAUGGGCCGAGUUGGUCGCGAAAUCCUAGGAGUCGGACAAUUGCUCCUCCUUAUUUUUCUGAUGUCAAGCCAUUUACUGACUUUCACCAUUUUGAUGAAUACCCUUACUAUGCAUGGUACUUGCACGACAGUCUUUGGUGUUGUUGGCCUUAUCAUUUGCUUCCUAGGUGCCCUUCCGCGUACUAUGGGAAAGGUAUACUGGAUGUCUGUCGCAUCCUUUUUGAGUAUCUUCAUCGCGACUGUAGUUACUAUGGUCUCGAUUGGCGUGGAAUCGCAUGGGCCUAUCCAGAAUGAGGUUGUGAGAGAGACCAGCUUUUACAAGGGCUUUCUGGCAGUGACCAACAUUAUAUUUGCCUACAGUAAGGCGAUGGUUCCUACUACCCUCUGGAUACAGAUGAGACUAACUUCCAUUUCAGUUGCCCACGCUACGUUUUUCGGGUUUGUCUCGGAGACUGAGGAUCCAAGAACUUUCCCAAAAUCCCUAGCAAUGCUUCAGGUAGUCGAUACCGUGAUGUAUCUGGUUACUGCGAUGGUCAUAUAUCACUAUGCUGGUCCUGACGUCAGAUCACCUGCACUUUCGUCUGCAGGCCCCCUUAUGAAGAAAAUUUGCUAUGGUUUAGCUAUUCCCACGGUGAUUGUUUCGGGUGUUGUCGAAGGCCAUGUGGCUUGCAAGUACAUUUACGUCCGUGUCUUUCGAGGAUCGGACCAUAUGCACCAACGCAGCUUUCUGGCAAUUGGAUCGUGGGUUGGAAUUGGACUUGCUGUUUGGACGGUUGCAUGGAUCAUUGCAGAGUCCAUUCCUGUUUUCAACGAUCUAUUAAGCCUAAUUAGCUCACUUUUUGGAAGCAUGCUUUGCUAUGCUUUCCCCGCUCUUUUCUGGCUUCACAUGAACCGAGGACAGUAUUUCUCAACUCCAUCAAAGGGACUCUUGACAAUUUGCAAUUUGAGCAUCUUGGCUAUUGCCUUUGCAAUGUGCGGUAUGGGUCUAUAUGUGUCAGGCAGGGCCAUCAAUGAGAGCUCUGGCAGCAGUAGUUGGUCCUGUGCCAACAACAGUUGA